AUGGAAAUUGGAGUUCAUGGUUUAGCACAAAACCAUGAAUUUCGUGCUGAUCAUGUGCAGAACGAAAACGACACUGUAGUCAAGCCCAAAGAAAGCGCACUGUUUGGAUAUUAUGCAGAUGGAGAUACGAAACAAAUUUUGCCGCUACAAGAGACAAAGCCAUACCUUGAGGAUUGGAUUGGUUUAAAAAUCUUGCAUAAGAGUGGACGUCUCAAGUUCAUCACUGUGACUGGCGGUCAUGUUAAGAUAUCGGAUAGUGAUAUCAAAAAGCACGUUGUUCCAUACCUUCGAGAGAAGCCACGUUGGAUGUGGCUUGGACGUGAGCCCCCUAAAGUCGGCAAAAGCAUUUAG